UGUGUGUGUGUGUGUGUGUGCGCGCACCUUUAAAUGUGAGUGUUUGGAUGUGUGAGUGUUCUGGUUUGUCUGGUUUUUCUCUAAAGGAAGUGAUAGCAAGCCUUUCAAAGAUUGAGUUCAAAGACAGCAGAAAGGCGAAUUAGGGAUGAAGUUGGUUGGAGUGGCUCUGAUUUUUUGUGCACUUACAGAUUUAACAUCAGAGCUGUAUAAUGUUGUGGGGCCUGCAGCGCCUCUCUUCACUGUUGUUGGUGAAGAUGUAAUUCUGCCCUGUUAUAUCAAACCAAACACCAGUGCUGUGGACAUGAAAGUGGAAUGGUUUAGACUCGACAAAGAUGAAAUAGUGCAUCUCUAUGUAAAUCGUGAAAGCAGAAUCACGGAGCACAGUGAGUCCUACAGAGGGAGAACAGCACUGUUCCAAGAUCUACUACAGAAUGGAAAUGCAUCGCUCAAACUAUCAACAGUCCAAGUCUCUGAUGAAGGAGCUUACAAGUGUUUUAUUGAGUCCAACUCCUGGUAUGAUGAUAUCACUGUUAAUGUUAAUGUCGGAGCUAUAGGAACUCAUCCACUGAUCAUUAUAGAGGACUUUGAUCAUUCAGGAGGGCUUCGUCUUCUGUGUGCAUGUGAAGGCUGGAACCCUGAACUGGACAGUGAAGGAAAUGUUUUGAUUUCUGAGAAAGAAGUGCAUGCAGAUGCAAAAGGCUUCAGCGUGAAACAAAGGAUCACUGUGCAUAACAGUGAGACCAAGUAUCACUGCAGAGUCAAACUGAAACAUCAUAUGCUGCAAACGGACAUCAUUGUCUCAAGUAAAAUGUUUCAAGUUUGGAGAACAUCAGUCAUUUGGAUUUCAAUUACAGUUGUGUUCGGCAUCAUUACUACAGUUGCAAUUGCUACUUUUGUUUACAUAAAAAGAGUUCGCUAUUUGAGGAGGAUUCGAAAAGAGAUCGCAAAGAGAAGAAAAUAUGCCGUGGAUGUGACUCUGGAUCCAGACACAGCUCAUAAAUCUCUCAUCUUGUCUGAUGAUGGCAAACAAGUGCGACGUGGAGAAAAAAAACAGAACGUCCCAGACAACCCUGCAAGGUUUAAUAAAUGUGGUAAUGUCCUGGGAAAGCAGGGAUUCUCUUCUGGAAGGUUUUAUUUUGACGUGCAGGUGAAGGGAAAAACUGAUUGGGAUUUAGGAGUUGCCAAAGAAUCCAUUAACAGAAAGGAUAAGAUCACACUGAGUCCUCAGAAUGGAUACUGGACAGUGCGAUUGAGAAAUGGGAACCAGUAUAGUGCCUGUGCUGGAACCUCUGUCUCUCUAUCCCUGAAAGUGAAGCCCCAGAAGGUGGGUGUGUUUGUGGAUUAUGAGGAGGGUCUGGUCUCCUUUUAUGAUGUGGAGUCCAGUUCUCAUAUCUACUCUUUCACUGAUCAGUGGUUCACUGAGGUACUCUAUCCAUUCUUAAACCCAUGUACAAACAUUAAAAGCACAUACUCAGCCCCAAUGAUCAUCUCACCUGUCAAUUUCAACAAAUAAAUGAACUCACUAAUAAGUAAAUAUGAAUUAAAAACAGUUGUGUUAAUUAUAGAUUGUAUUAAAUAUGCUUCCUAUUCAAUUUGUCAACUUUCUUUACAUUUAUCUAAAGCAACUUCAAGGUAAUGGGAAUCAACCCCAUAACCUUAAUUUUGAUAGCACCAUUACAAAGAAUAGAUAAAUACGUUCAUAAUCUUGUGAUGUAGUGUGUAUAGAAACAUUUUGAGAACAAAAAAUGUAUUACAUUUUAUUUGCAGCAGUGGCCAAUUUUGACAUUGAGAAUUUGUUUUACUCUUAUAAAAAGGUUCCGAAAGGUUUUCGCAGUGAUGCUUUUAAAGGGUAAUUCCACCGGUGGAGACAUGAAUAUGUAUUGAAAGUGGGUCAUAUGUGGAGUAGAAUAGUAUCAUAAAUUUCUAAUUUGGGUCCUUCUUGGCUGAAAAAAGGCAGAAAAUGACUUUUUAGUGCUGGUGGAUUGUAGACAAUAAUCCCCAUAGUGCAUUGCACUGCUCUGCUCCGCAGGCCACUCCCACUACUCUGCCCAUCAAUGUAGACUAGAGUUGAGCUCCACUCUAUGCUACCGCCUGAAAAUCAUUUCGCACAAUGAAAUCAGAUAAUGCGCACUAAUAUAAUAUGAUGACAUAAGAGCGACAUAUGACAGAUCAGACUGUGCUCCAAACCGUAUAGUGUGCGCACAAGGGAGAGAGCGAGAGAGUUUGCGUGUGUGCGUCUCAUGACACAGAGACUCAAAUUUUCGUUCUUAUUCGGUCUGGUUAUUACCGUUUACGUCGGAACCGGUUCCCAAUUGGCACCGCGUUUCGGUACCCAACCUUAUCCAUAAUGCGUCCGUCUGCGUAUUCAGUACCUUUGUCCAUAUUUUCAAAAAGUUUC